CCCGUCCUACCAGCCCGGCCCGUGCACCACUACUCGGCUCACUUCUACUCUACCGCUAAAGUAUCUCGUGGCAUCCAACGUCACCGUCGGAGACCCUCCGAUCAAAGGCCAUGGCCACUCCCGAAGUUCGCGGGCGUCCUGCCCGAGCCAGCACCACAAUCCAUCGCGAGCCGCCCAGCAAAAUCGAAAUCAGCGUCAUCCCAGUUGGUACAGUCCAACGUCUUCGUAACCAAGUGGAGGCGAGGAUUACGCCAGAAGUUCCUGUGCCUGAUGAUGUGCUCUUGAUACGAGCCCAGGACCACGCCAGCGCCCUUCGACAGUCACGUCGGACCUAUAAACAACGGCUACGCGUCGCGGCGGAAAUUGGCUUGUUCCGCAUGAGCCCUUCACUGACUCGUUUCAUCCAUGACCAUGACAACAUGACCAGGGCCGUCGCUAGGUCAACCGAGCUCGCGCGGCGAGCGCGGAACAGCUCUGGCGUUGACACUUUGACAUAUGUCAACAUUUGUAUCAUCGCGGUUCGGAAUCGUUUGUCUCGGACAUGGACCAUCACGACGUUCAGCUCGUGUGCUAGAGAGGCGUUGAAAGCCACCGGCACAAUUGGUCCUGCUAUAGAAACACUAAGAGGCAUGCUUGAAGACGUGGUUGUGCACAUACUCACACUCUGGGAUGAGCUUUCCCUGAGGUAUCUUGACGAAAAUCAAUUGAAGAACGUGGGCCCGGAUCACAACAUCGAUGACUUCGGGCACGAGACCACGGUGGGAGUUGCCGGCGAACAUCGAGUCAAUGGUCCUAUAAGUGACGACAAGAUGGGGCAUGCCCAGAGCAAAGGUAAUACAAACUCUCUCCCAACCCCACCCCCAUCACCUGCACGCAUACAUAUUUCAAACGGUACUCUAGUGGAUGACAAUCUGGACGAUAAUGAUGAUGGCGAUGAUGACAAGGAGGACGACUACUCGAACUCGGACGACGACAGCUAUCACUGCAGCAUCUGCACAGAUCCGUACACCAACCGUCACCGCGCAUUCAGUCUUACACGCUGUGGCCACAUCUUCGGCAAAGCCUGUCUAUCAACUUGGAUCAACUCCACCGCACGCAAUGCAAAUCUUUGUCCGCACUGCCGCGCUACGAUCUCGCCAGGGUAG